CGAACGAGGGUGGCGAACGAGACAGUGCAGUUUGACACGUCAAGGAGGUGUGUUUGGCGUGCAGAGGGCGAGUCUGGCAAACACUCGACCACGGCAAGCGAGGAGUGGCGCCAAGCGAAGUCUGUCCGUCAAAGUUUGCACCUUCGCCUCCAUCGAGCAAGCAGCGACCUCGCGACCAGGCGGGCGUUGAGGUGAGUGACGCGCAAAGAUGAGAGAGGUCAACUUCAGCAUCCCGAAUGCGAACAAAGCCUCGGUGGGCAUCACCACCGCCCUCUACGACCGGCGCGCGCUCGACUGCACCUCCACCCUACCCCUGAUCAACUCCCUCAACAACCUCACCUACCUCACCACCUCUUCCGGCCGCAUCCGCGAUAUCCUGACCGUAGAUGGCGGGAUCGAGCGGCUGGUAUGCAUCCUCAAGGAGGGGAGGAGUAAGGACAUGAUGGAGAUGUGGAAGUGGAAUCUCGCUUUCCAGUGCAUAGUCAACAUCGGCGUGCGAGGCUCGGAAGCCGUACGGACGCGGGUCGUCGAGGCGGACAUGGUGCCCAUCAUCGCCACCAUACUCGACAACUACUUCCAGGUCGUGGAGAAGUGCAGGGAGAGGCAGGAGGUGGAGAACAGGCGCAAAUGUCCCUUCGGCUCCGCCGCGAAGGGCUUCUCGAGGUCUUCAAGCCGCGUGUCUUCGGCAGGGCAGGAGCAUGGCACGUCUCGAUCACGGCGCCACGCUCCACCUCCCAUUGCGAUUCCAGACCCCGACAACAACCCCGAGCAGGACGACCCGACGAGCGAAGUCACGCCCACCGGACCCGUCCCCAUCAUGUCGCUGAGCUCACCACCCGAGCGCACCACCUUCCCACGCCAACACCACCACCACCACCAUCACCGCUCGCACGCCGGCCGCUCGCAGUUCUCCUCGCCCAGCCUUGGCAGUAGCCGACAAGCCAGCGACACGCCACUAUCAGCACUUCCUUCACACGGCGAUAUGGGUUCAGCAUUUGGCUUUCGACCCGUCCGCGACAUCGACCGAUUGCCGUCCAUGAUGCCGACCAUGCACGGCGACCUUAGCUCUCAGCCACAGAGCCCCACUACACCCGUCGCGCGGCCGAGUAGUCCUCAAGCGGGUGCCAGUGUACUGCGGCCUCGACGGCGACCAUCCAUCCGCCACCAGCUAUCCGUGUCGGGCUCCGACGACGAUGGCCAACCCGAUGAGAGUCCCUCGGAUGAGUCCGCCGACCCCGACGGGCAGCAAGAACCCGUCGUCGAGAUCCAAACCGACAUCGUCAUGGAAGACAUCGUGGACGAAGAAAGCCUCCUCGAACCGCCCCAAGACGCCAUCACCGUCGCCGUCCCGGACUUAUCCAGCGCGGACGACGAAACCUUCAACAUCACCCACCGCUCCGCCACGGACGGUAGCAUCGUCAAUAUCGUCAACCCCGCCGCAACCCCGACCCAAGCCGGCAGAGUCGGCGGCCAGCUCCCCUUCCCACCCACCCAACUCCCCGCCGCAGCUCUGAACCCCGUCAACGCAACCCCACCCAACAUGCAUCUCCCACCCGCCUGGUACCCCUCCCGCCUCACCAGCAACUUCGACCGUUCCGCCGCCCCCGCCAGCAUCCUCGCCGCCAUGCCGCGGGACGAAGACGUCCUCAUGUCCCUGCAACUCCUCGCCUACGUCUCCAAAUACUGCAACCUCCGCGCCUACUUCCAGAAAUCGCACCUCGUGCCGCGCCUCAAGAUCGGCGAGAACGAGCUCCGCCUGCUAGACCCGGAGUACGAUCCCUCCACCCACGUCGCGGCGACGCAGGAAGAGUUGGACGAAGACUGGGACAACGAAUUCGUGAAACGCAGCCCGGACGAAAAAGCCUUCAACAUCUUCCCGCUGAUCGAGAAAUUCACCGCCAAACCCUCCUCCUCCUCCUCCUCCUCGUCGCACUCAUCUUCCCGCCACUCCACCGGCAGCCCCGCCAGUCCGCAACAAGGCGACAUGCAAUACUGGGCCGGCGUGGUGAUGCGCAACCUCUGCCGCAAGGACGACACGCGCGGCGGCAUCCGGCAGUGCGCGUACUGGCAGUGCGGGAAGUGGGAGGAGUACACGCGGCAGUUUGCCAAGUGUCGACGCUGUCGCCGCACGAAGUAUUGCAGCAAGGAGUGUCAGAAGGGGGCGUGGGGGAGCCAUCGGUUUUGGUGUGUGGCGGCUGAGUCGCAGCAGGGGCAGGGCGGGCAGGAGGGGGAGGGAGCAGUGGGGGAGGGGGGAAGUGGGAGCGGAAGGCAUGGGAGGAGGCAUGGUGGGCAUCAUCAUGGUGGACAUCAUCAUCAUGCGCAUGCGCAUCAUUAGUCGCGUGACCCGGCAUCGAUGCGGGCGUGCGAGCGAGCGAGCGAGCUGUGCGUUUGAUGUGUGUGGAGUAUUGCUAGCGAGCAUAGCGUGGGACCGGGCAUUGCUCUAUGCCGAGGCGUUUUUGACUUGGCUAUGCCGACUUACUUUGUGGUUGGCUCGUCUAUGAUGCGCGAACUGGAUUAUGGAUGAAGGGAAUUGGGAAUCCGGGGGUUUAUCGGUACGAGGUGAUCUGCUGGGGGUUGAUGAGGCAUGGUUAGCUCUGAU